AUGUCAGGGCUCUCAUUUCCUCCACAAAUUGCCCAGCAAGUCGCUGCCUGCAGAGUGUUCGUCUCCUUCGCUCCAUUCAUAGACAGUUAUCUUUGUUCCUUUUUCUUUUACAUUUUUUUUUUUUUUUUUUGCACGGGAACAAAAGACCAUUCUCAUGAGGUCCACCUACAAGUCACCACGUAUGAGGACUGCAAAGGGUCCACUGGGGACUCUUACUUCCUCGGUGACACCACGGGAGCAUGGGGCAUUGUUCGGGAGUCCCUGGCAGCAAUUGGCGUAGCAGUUACGGUUUUGCUGCUCCUGGCAUUUCUCCUCCUCAUUAGAAGGGUUCAAGAGCGCAGCCAGUGGAAUGUCCUCCGCAGCCAGUUCCUCUUCCUCCUGGGGGUGCUGGGGCUCUUCAGCCUUGCUUUUGCCUUCAUCAUCCAGCUCAAUCAGCAGACUGCCCCCAUCUGCUACUUUCUCUGGGGGGUCCUCUUUGCUCUCUGUUUCUCGUGCCUCUCAGCUCAUGCCUCCGACCUGGUGAAGCUGGUCCGGGGUCAAGGGUCCUCCUCUUGGCCCACAAUUCUGUGCAUUGCUGUUGGUGUCAGCCUGCUGCAGACGAUCAUCACCACUGAGGAUGUGACUCUCAUCAUGACCAGAGGCACGAUGCUUAUGGAUAUGACACCCUGUCAACUCAACGUCGACUUCGUGAUCCGCCUGGUUUACGUCCUCGUCCUGACGGCCCUCACGUUCUUCGUCUCCAAAGCCACCUUCUGUGGGCCGUGUGAGAACCGGAGGCGGCACAGAAGGCUCAUCUUCGUCACCAUGCUCAUCUCCAUCAUUACCUGGGUGGUGUGGAUCUCCAUGCUCACGAGAGGACGUCCCCAACGGGACGACCCUGUCCUCUGUAUCGCCCUGGUCACCAACGCGUGGGUUUUCCUGCUGCUGUACCUCACACCGGAGCUGUGCUUUCUCUGUAGAUCGUGUCAGCAGGAUUGCCCUCUGCAAGGCAAUACCUGCCCACUCCCAGCUUACGGACGCAGCUUCAGAGCACAGAAUCAGCAACUCUCAAGAGCCUGAGACAGUGAUGGAGCUGAGGAGGAUGUAGCUUAACUGAAUAUGGUGUCUCCAACGCAGCAGCAGACUGUUGAUCCCACACA